AUGAAGUUCACCCAGGGCAUGUGGCGUACACGCGAAGGCAUCGAAUUCAACUGGAUGGGACAUGCUGAGCGAGUGACCACCACUGACUCCGAAGCCAACAUCCUCCUUACCCAACCUCAACGCCGUCGAGGCGAUCAGCUCAACAAAGGUACCCUCACCGCCAACAUCCGGUCUCCGCUGGACGGCGUCACAGCUGUCAAACUCACCCACUGGGACGGUGCCGAUGACCCAGGUCCAAACUUCCCUCUCAACGAGGCCUCACCCGCUGUGAGCAUCGAGAACAAACCAGCGAAGUCUCUCAUCUACAGUACUGGACCAUUAUCUCUCGACGUCGACACCGCCCCAAAUUCACUGUCCUUCACUUACAACGACAUAACCGGCCCGACUGCCCGCAAAUUGACAUCUCACUCCUUCCGCUCCCUCGCUUACGUCUCCGACGCCAACACCUCGACCUACAGUGCCUCUGACGAACUUUACGCCGAGAAGGACAACCACAUCCUCUUCGCUCUUGACCUCUCCGUUCACGAGAAGAUCUACGGCCUCGGCGAGCGCUUUGGGCCCUUCGUGAAGAACGGCCAGGCCAUCGAUAUUUGGAACGAAGAUGGCGGUACCUCGUCGGAAUUGACAUACAAGAACAUCCCCUUCUACCUCAGCAGCCGCGGCUAUGGCGUCUUCGUCAACCACCCAGGCAAGAUCAUGCUGGAGGUGCAGAGCGAGCGCACCACACGGGUCAACGUGGCCGUGCAGGCAGAGAGCGUCGAGUACAUGGUGGUGGCUGGGCCGACACCCAAGGCCAUCCUCGAUCGCUACACGGCCCUCACGGGCCGCCCAGGCCUACCGCCAGCAUGGAGCUACGGCCUCUGGCUCACGACGUCUUUCACGACCAGCUACGACGAGGCAACGGUGACGGGCUUCCUAGACGGGUUCCGCCAGCGCGAUAUCCCGCUCAGCGUCUUCCACUUCGACAGCUUCUGGAUGAAGGGCUUCCACUGGUGCGACUUCGAGUUCGACGCCGACCUGUUCCCGGACCCGAAAGCGUACCUGGCCCGGCUCCGCGAGCGCGGCAUCAAGGUCUGCGUGUGGAUCAACCCGUACGUCGGACAGGCGUCCAAGCUGUUCCGCGAGGGGAAAGAGAAAGGGUACUUCGUCCUGCGCGCCGACACGGCCACGCGCACGGUCUGGCAGUGGGAUAACUGGCAGGCCGGCAUGGCGCUGGUGGACUUCACCAACCCGGCCGCCACGGAAUGGUAUGUAGGCAAGCUGAAGGGCCUGAUGGACCUGGGCGUCGAUGCGUUUAAGACCGAUUUCGGCGAGCGCAUCCCCUUUGACGCGCGCAAGAUCAAAUACUUUGACGGCAGCGACCCGCGGCGCAUGCACAACUUCUAUUCGUUCCUGUACAACAAGGCCGUCUACGAGGGCAUGCAGGCCCACGGCAAGGACGCGUGCCUCUUUGCCCGCAGCGCCACCACCGGCGGCCAGCGCUUCCCAGUGCACUGGGGCGGCGACUGCGAGAGCACGUACGAAGCCAUGGCGGAGACGCUGCGCGGGGGCUUGAGCCUGGGCCUGUGUGGCUUUGGGAGCUGGGCGCACGACAUCGGCGGGUUCGAAGGCCUGCCGGACCCGGGGCUGUAUAAGCGGUGGGUGCAGUUUGGGCUGCUGGGCAGCCACAGCCGGCUGCACGGCAGUGGGAGCUACCGUGUGCCAUGGAUCUUUGAGGAGAAGUAUCCCGGCGAGGAUGAGAAGUGUAGUAAGGUGUUGAGGGAGGCGGUGCGCAGGAAGUUGAGCUUGAUGCCGUAUCUGUUGCGCGUUGCGGCCGAGGCGGGCGAGAAGGGCACGCCCGUCAUGAGGGCAAUGCUGUUGGAGGUUCCGGAGGAUCAGAAUGUCUGGAAUGUGGAUACGCAGUAUAUGCUGGGGGACGCGUUGCUGGUGGCACCUGUGUUUGACAAGGACGGGUGGGUGAGGUUUUAUGUGCCGGAGACUGAGGGAAAUGGGCUGUGGAGGAGCUGGUUUGAUGGCAAGAAAACCUACAGUGGGGGCAAGUGGUAUGAGGAGCAACAUGCAUUUGAUAGCCUGCCUUUGCUGGUCAAGCCGGGCGCCGUGGUGCCGGUCAAUUACAAGCUGAAGGACUUUGAGGGUGACGUGUUGAAUGGAUUGGAGCUUUUGGUCAAUGGACCCCUGGACAGUGAGAAGGAAGUCAAGAUCGUGGAAGCGAAGGAUGUCGCAAGCGUCAGCAAGACGUUGGUGGUUGGCAAAGAUCUUAGUGUCAAAGGAGCGAACGGGAUCAUGGUGAAGCAGCUUGAGUAA